GGUGAGGCAGGACAAGGAUCUGUAACUGAUAGGCUACAGAAAAUAUUCUUCAACGAAGAUGUAAGACAGCUUAAGAAGUCAUAGGGUGCCACCUUAGAUGAUGUAAUAUUACUACAGUCUCAUUUUAAAAUGAUCUACAAGAACAUUUCAGCUAUUCCAUAUCUCCAACUGGAGCCUCUAAGGAGUAUUUUGUAAACUAUCUUCACUUUGCUGCUGGAUGGCUGACUGAACUGUGGAGGAUUUUUUGGUAUACAUCCAAUCUCUUUGUCAACUGCCUUCAGCAAAAUUCUGUUCAUCAUCCCUCCAUCACCAGAACAGGCCCUCUGAAUUGGGCCCUUUCACCCAGGACAGAGUGUGAUCUGCUGGGAUGGCAGAGGCCUGCCCCCAGGUGUUUGUGGUGGACAGUCAGGCCAACUACGCUGCUCUGCCCAGUGGGAAGAACGCGAAGGGGCUGAGAGUUAGCCAAAGGGUCCUGCUCUUUCUGGUGGGACUGGCUCUAUUUGGACUUGUUGUCGAGGCAUGCUUCAUCUUCUACAUGUAUCGCAAAAUAGAGUCCUCCUCUCUCUGCCACAACGUCUCCAACACCAAACCAUCUCCCCAGCUGGGCGGUACCUUGCAGAGUCGGAUAGGACCUAAUGAAAGCAAUGAGAUUCCACCAUUGCCCACAGGGCGAACAUUACCAGCAGAGCCCCAACGGAGGCCGUCUGCACACCUGAUGGGUUCCAAAAAUCCUGUAAACAAAAACAUAGUGCAGUGGACAGAUGCCGAUGGUGACGCCUUCACCUACCGCAUGGAGUACAACGGCAGCCACUUGGUGGUCCAGGAGGAUGGGUACUACUACCUCUACUCCAAAGUGUACUUUGCUGCAGAGGAAUGUUCGGCCAUCAAGCACAAGGUCAUGAAACACACAGAAGCCUAUGACGAAUCCAUGGAACUUAUGAAAUCAAACAGGCUCCACUGCCAUAGCCCGAGAGCUCAGAUGUCCCAGAAGCCAGUGGAGGAUCUGUGGAACAGUUUCCUUGGUGGGAUUUUUCACCUGCAACCUGGAGAUAAGAUUUUUGUGACACUGGAGGAUGGAAAGACAAUGCGUCCUGGAAGUGCGGAAAACUUCAUGGGGGCAUUUAUGAUCUAGUAUAUUUUAUUAUGGGUUUUUUUUGCAAGUGUAUAGCUAUUUUAUUCUUUUUGCUUGAAGAGAUUGUCAUAGCCAGUACUUGUAUUUAUUGGUUGGCAUUUACCACUGAGUUUAAUUGGCCUUAAUGAUCCAGCAGUAGUAGGGACUACCUCUGUCCUUGUCUUUUGUUAAACUCUGUGUCUGCUAAUCUAAACCAGGUGUCAAAAUAGAAUCUAUAUCUAUAGUAAUGUAACUAUAACAUCCAAUUAAAGCCACAUGACUCAAUGUAUUCAAACCACUUAUGAAAAAGCAACACAUAGUUGUUUCAUUGUAAAAUGUAUCUGAUAU